AUGGGUUACCUGAAGCUGCUGCUGCUGGAGAACUUCAAGUCAUGGCGGGGGCGGCAGAGCAUCGGCCCUUUCAUGAGAUUCAACUGCAUCAUUGGGCCCAACGGAUCAGGAAAAUCAAACAUAAUGGAUGCCCUUAGUUUUGUAAUGGGUGAAAGAACAGCAAAUUUAAGAGUAAAAAGUGUUCGAGAACUUAUUCAUGGAGCACAUGUUGGAAAGCCAUUUUCCUCUACUGCAAGUGUGAAAAUAGUGUACUGUGAAGAGAAUGGAGAAGAGAAAACAUUUUCAAGAAUUAUUCGAGGUAGUUGUUCUGAGUUUCUUUUCAAUGAUAAAGCUGUUAGCCGAUCUGUUUACACAGCAGAGCUUGAAAAAAUAGGCAUAAUUGUCAAAGCAAGGAACUGCAUGGUUUUUCAGGGAGCAGUAGAGUCAAUUGCAAUGAAGAAGCCCAAGGAGAGAACCCAGCUUUUUGAACAGAUUAGUAAUUCAUGGGAGUUUGCUGAGGAAUAUGAGAGAAAGAAGAAGAAAAUGCAACAGGCAGAGGGGGAUGCGCAGUUUAAUUAUAACAAGAAAAAACAUGUGGCAGUAGAACGCAAGCAUGCAAAGUUAGAGAAAGAGGAGGCAGAGCGUUACCAGAUGCUGCUUGAAGAGCUGAAAGAAAACAGGAUACAGCUGCAACUUUUCCGACUUUAUCACAAUGAGAAAAAAAUUGACUUUUUGAACAACAAAUUGGAUGAAAAGAACAUGGAUGUGAAUACCAAGGAAGACUCCCUUUCUUCUGCUGAAGACACAUUUAAAGCUAAGAAAAAAGUGCUUGGAAUAUUAAAUAGAGACCAACAACACAUGGAAAAAGAAAUGAAAACCCUAGAAGCGUCAUUGAAUCAGAAAAGGCCUCAGUAUAUUAAAGCAAAGGAGAACACUUCUCACCAAAUCAAGAAAGUAGAUAUGGCUAAGAAAUCCUUAAAAGAUAAUGAGAAACACCUUGCUAAACAAGAGCAAAACAUAAAAGAAUUGGACACCGAGCUGACUGAUGUUGAGAGAAGUUGGAGAGCAUAUGAAAAGAAGGUUGAAGAGGAGAUGUUACAGAGAAGAGCAGAUGUUGAGCUGGAAGCAAGUCAACUGGAUCGGUAUAAAGAGCUAAAAGAACUAGCAAGAAAGAAAGUAGCUACAUUGACCCAGCAACUAGAAAAACUGCAGUGGGAACAAAAAGCAGAUCUAGAAAGGAUGACAUUUGAUGAGAGGAAGCAAAAAGAAAUUGAGGAAAGUAUAAAGCAAGUUGUGGAACAGAUAGAAGACCACAAAAAACGAAUUGAGAAGUUGGAGGAGUAUACCAAGUCAUGCACUGAAUUGUUAGCAGAGAAAAAACAACAGGAGAAAGUCCUAACUGAUGAAAUGGAGAAUUCAAGGGUACAGAUAGCUCAAGUAAAUGAAGAACUAAACAAAAUAGUUGGUGAGCUGCAGAAUGCUAGAAUUGACUACCAUGAAGGAAGACGCCAGCAAAUGAGAGCAGAGAUACUGGAGAGUCUCAAAAGACUUUAUCCUGAUUCUGUGUUUGGAAGACUGCUUGACUUGUGUCAUCCUAUCCAUAAAAAAUAUCAGCUGGCUGUUACCAAAGUCUUCGGCAAGUACAUGAGUGCCAUUGUUGUGGCUACUGAAAAAAUAGCAAGGGAUUGCAUUCGAUUCCUAAAGGAGGAAAGAGCUGAGCCUGAAACAUUUCUUGCUUUGGAUUACCUUGAUAUUAAGCCCAUCAAUGAAAAAUUAAGGGAGAUAAAAGGAUCUAAAAUGAUGAUUGAUGUUGUACAGACUCCAUUUACACCCCUGAAAAAAGUGAUUCAGUUUGUAUGUGGGAAUGGUCUGGUCUGUGAAACUGUUAAAGAAGCAAGACAGAUAGCAUUUGAUGGACCAGUGAGGUUGAAAACAGUCUCUCUUGAUGGAACUUUAUUUUUGAAAUCUGGAGUUAUCUCUGGAGGGUCAAGUGACUUGAAAUUUAAAGCUAGAUACUGGGAUGAAAAAGAGAUGAAAGAAAUGAAAGAAAGAAGGGAUAGGUUGGUUAAUGAACUAAAGGAAUUAAUGAAGAUCAAACGUAAGGAGACUGACUUGAAACAGUUACAGGCACAGUGCCAGGGAACUCAGACUCGGCUCAAAUAUUCGCAGAGCGAAUUAGAGAAUAUUAAAAAGAAACACCUUGCUAAUUUCUACAAGGAAAAAUCUAAGCUGGAAAGUGAGUUAGUAAAUAUUAAAUCACAAUAUGCUAUGCUGAAUGAAGGACUUUUACAAAGAACAGAGAAAAUUGAAGAGUUUCAAAAGAAAAUGAAUGAGGUUGAAGAUGCUGUAUUCCAGGACUUCUGUGAAGAAAUUGGGGUAGAGAAUAUUCGUGUAUUUGAGCAAGAACGUGUGAAACAGCAGGAAGAAACUGACAGAAAAAGACUGGAGUUUGAAAACCAGAAGACACGACUGAGCAUUCAGCUUGAAUACAGUCGUGGCCAGCUACAAAAGUUAGUGAACAAGAUCCACAUGUUGAAGGAGACAAUUCGUAAGGAUGAGGCUGAGAUUGUCAGGCUAAAGAAGGCUGAGGAAGAAUUUCUACUAAUGGUGAAUGAAAUAAUGGAGGAACAACAGCAUCUUAAGGAUAGAUUAAUAACUCUCAAAACUGAGGUUACAAAAGCCCAAAAUGAAGUUGAGGAAUCAAGGAAGAAAUUAUUAACCCUUAAUAGGGAAAUGGGUAAGUUACAAAAGGAAGCUAUAUCUAUUGAAACCUCUCUGGAACAGAAAAGAUUAGAGAGACAUAAUAUGCUUCUUGAAUGCAAGGUCCAAGACUUGAGAAUUUCUCUCUUAUUGGGAUCACUGGAUGAAAUCAGUGAAGUAGAGCUGGGAACUGAAGCAGAAAGCACUGAGGCUACUGCAGAUAUUUAUGAAAGAGAGAGAGCAAUUCAGAUAGACUACAGCAGUCUAACAGAUGAUCUAACGGACCUACAGUCAGAUAAAGAGAUUGAGGCUCAUCUGACACGAUUGCAGCAGCAAAUAGUAUCCAAAGAAAAUGUUUUAUUCAAAACAGCUGCACCAAACCUAAGAGCACUGGAGAAAUUGCAGACUGCUAAGGACAAGUUCCAAGAAUCAGUAGAUGCUUUUGAGGCCAGCAGAAGGGAAGCCAGGAUAUGUAGGCAAGAAUUUGAACAGAUGAAAAAAAGAAGAUACGAGCGUUUCAGCCAGUGUUUUGAGCAUGUCUCAGUAGCUAUCGAUCAGAUCUACAAGAAACUCUGCAGAAACAGUUGUGCUCAGGCAUUUCUCAGUCCCGAGAAUCCUGAGGAACCAUAUCUAGAAGGCAUUAGCUAUAACUGUGUGGCUCCUGGAAAACGCUUUAUGCCAAUGGACAACUUGUCAGGAGGUGAAAAAUCUGUGGCAGCACUGGCUCUUGUGUUUGCAAUACACAGUUUCCGCCCUGCCCCUUUCUUUAUUUUGGAUGAAGUGGAUGCUGCACUGGAUAACACAAACAUUGGCAAAGUAUCAAGCUUCAUCAAAGAGCAGGCACAGGAACAGUGUCAGAUGAUAGUUAUUUCUCUAAAGGAGGAGUUUUAUUCCAGAGCAGAUGCAUUAAUUGGAGUCUGUCCAGAGCAAGAUGAUUACAUGUUUAGUCAGGUACUGACUCUGGAUCUUACUGUGUAUCCAGACAUUGAUGACAGUGAACGAAAAGAGAAGCACAGAUACAGUUCCACACUGGAAUAA